GUGAUUUCGGGCACCCAGUUGAUCCCUGUUCAUCAAAAGCUCAAAAAUUCAUAUAUUGGUUCAGCCCCUCCCUUUUUUUCGCUUCGCCCGGGACCUAAUGAUGGGACACGAUGUAGUGCUGCGCAUAGGCUGAAAAGAAUCAAAAAGGGCUGUCAACGUGUCAGCCUCUCGAAGAGUAGCAUGACCAUUUCAAAAACCUAUACCGUGCAGAGUACCUCAGAAAAUGAGUACAAGUGCCUUCAAGUACCUGUUUCUUCAUUUUUUCUAGGGUGAUGUCCCAUUUUCGGUACUGGAAAAGAUGGACUGUGGAGGCUUGGAGCGAAAGAACGGACCAGCUCCGUUCGUAGCUUCUUGUUACUCGUAGUAAGGCCAGGAGGCCAGCAGCCACUACUAGCGUCCGAUCGCUCCGUUCGCAGCGAUGCCCGGAGGCUCGGAGCUCGAACGGACCUGCAAUCCAUUUCAUACCCGUGUGGGUUCCGGUCUGGACCAUUUGGUGGGCUGGCGUGACGACCUUGGCAAGUGUGCCGCUGGCCCUUUGGAAGACAUUCCCAUUGGAAUUAGAUCCUAUGGCACGGUUCAUCUCCUUGUUUCAAAUAUACCUUGGACCUCCUUACACAUACAUUGCUAUCAGCACCUUGUUUUCCGCCUUCUGCAUCUGGAAGAUAGAUAGUCACCAGACCAUGUUGGAGCAAAUGGAAUGCUUCGAUUGGAGAGAUGCCACAUGUACCCUGGAAACUGACCGCAUUGUCAUCAAGAAACAUAUCUUCACACUCUUUGACGAGGCUUUGGAGCCUCCAUUAUCCGUAGCUUUGGACGCCGCUGACGUGCUUGGUCCGGAGGUCGGCGACAGGGAGGGAACGCAUCUGCCGCUGAUGGGUUCGAGUCUGGACGAUCACAUCCGUCGUAUCACCAGCUAUCCAACUCAAGAGGAGGUCCUUGAGCAGUUCAACGCCUACGUCAGAGGCCCCUUGCGGGAUCGCGUGAUAGCCUUGCUGGGGCGACCUGAGUGCAUGUCCUUCAAGCUGAUAUUGGUGGCAUGUUUGCCUGCCUGGUUCUCUGGCUUGGUCUCCGUCCUGGGCUGCGAUGGCCAGCCAGACUGUGCGACGGCAGCCAACAACUUGAGAUUUGCCUCGGUGGCGGAGUAUACGGCUACCAAUGUGGUGAUGACUCUUUUCUUUUGGCCGAUUGCAUGUGUCACUCCUUAUCCUGCGAUGAUGUGGGUGAACCAACGUGUCUCCGGAAUGGUCACCGGCUUUGGUCCACGCUUGGUGGUGGGCUCGUUCUUGUGCACCAUCCUGUCGCUUCUCCUUUUUGGGCUGAUGUCUGUCUUGUCUGCCAUGUUCGUGGUGGGUGUGAGCACCUCCUCACCUUCGUUACUGCUGGGUUUUGCGACGGGUUUCCUCCUGGAGUAUUGGGUCCUGUGGUUUCUCGUCCUCAAGAAGGGCUCGAACGAUUUGACUCAGCGCAGUCUUUCUCGCCAAGCAUAGCUGUUUCACAAACUGCAGGCAGAGCUCCAGUUCACCUGGAGUAGAUUUCUUCACUUCCCAGCCAAAGGGGCUUGGAGUGGUAUGAGAUGUUUACCUGGAGUCUCCAGUUGAGACGAAAGUGGG